UUUACGCGACUCUGGCGGUAGAGGGAAAUUAUACCCAUGGUCAUAGUUCAAUAUAAAAACAUACAUGUUAAACGCUAACGCGUGUCUGGUUAUAUUAGAAUGAAAUCCGAAAUGUUACCUUUACUUUUUCGGCUGCAGGUUUAAUAUCCCACACCUAGAUUUGGCUGCCUUGCCGAUAUAAAACUUAUGUUUUCGAUAAGGGAGCGAAUCGAUGUUUGGACAACAUGACUCUACCGGCUUUGCACAACACCGGCGUGCUUUACAGGCGGAUUUUGUCGCAUUUCCCUCAGGAUAUUAGUCUAGCUUUUGCAUACGGAUCUGGCGUUUUCAAACAACAUGGGACCAGCCAAGGUCAAAUGGAGAAAAAUAUGCUGGACUUUGUAUUUGCGGUGGAUGACCCUGUCACUUGGCACACCUUGAAUCUUCUGCAGAACCGUAAACAUUACUCCAUCCUUAAACUACUUGGACCUACAAUGAUCAGCUCCAUACAGAGUGAAUAUGGAGCUGCUGUAUACUACAACACGCUGGUGCCAGUAGACGGCAAGAUCAUCAAGUAUGGUGUGAUAAGUACAGAGUCGCUGAUUGAUGACCUCAUGCACUGGAAAACCAUGUAUGUGGCAGGACGUCUUCACAAACCAGUGAAGAUGCUGUUGCAGAAUGAGAAUGGAAAGCUCCGUGCUGCUCUUGUGGCCAACCUAAAGAGUGCUGUGACAGCCUCAUUUCUUAUGCUUCCUGAGAGUUUCAGCGAGGAGGAACUUUUUCUGCAGAUAGCUGGUCUUUCUUACGCUGGUGAUUUCAGGAUGGUGAUUGGAGAGGAUAAAUCCAAGGUGGCCAAUAUUGUCAAAGACAACACUGAACGCUUCCGGAUUCUGUAUAGUAACAUCUUACGCGAUUGUCCGCAAGUGGUCUACAAACCCCAACAAGGAAAACUGGAGGUAGACAAAAGCCCAGAGGGCCAGUUCACGCAGUUGAUGGCGCUUCCUCGCACCUUGCAGCAAAGGAUCACCAAGCUGGUUGAUCCUCCAGGGAAGAACCGAGACGUGGAGGAGAUUCUUCUGCAAGUGGCUCAGGACCCAGACUGUGGAACUGUUGUACAGCAAGGUAUCUCCUCUAUUGUGAAAUCCUCCAGUAUAACACAAAGUAUCAAAGGCAUUGCAACAGCCGGCUUGUGGAAGACAGUGUCUUAUAGCUCCAAAAAACUGAUCAAGAUGUGGAGGGGCUGGAGGAGGAAACUGUCCGUUUCACAGACGUCCUGAUCCAGGAGAAAAAAAAGCCAUUAGCCCUAAGGCAGGGGUCGGCAACCUUUAGCAUCAAAAAAGCAAUUUGUCCUCCUCCUUCCUGUAAAAGAAAAAAAAAGUCUGAAGCUGCAAAAAAUUACACAGCUUAUGCAUGUGUCAUAAGUGUAAAACAACAGAAGAAUUCAACAAAUACAAGUGCAGUCAGCAUGAGUAGGCCACCUCUGAAAUCUUUUAAACACAGCCUUUUUCAGUGGUACUCGUAUUUGUUUUAAAUGAAAACAAAAUGUUGCCAACUUUAACAUGAAAGUCCAGAUUUUACAUUAGUAGUGUUUGCUCAAUGGCAUUUACUGUAUGCCUGCACUGAAUUGCAAUAACCAUUCUAUUGGACCUGUCAAUGACCGGCAUUCUUUCAUUUUGUCACUCAUUUAACCUUUUUCAUUCAGAGAAAUCGAUGGUCUGAUAUUUUUAUGAGUGAUUCUUCCAUGUAUUAUUCCAUACUAUGCUCUCCUUGAUUACAUAUUUUUAUAUUGAUGUGCAGUAACUUUCUUCAGACACCCUCACCUUUUUUAUCGCCAGUGAGACUCACUGCAUACACUCGCCUACCUCCUGUUCCCUUGCUCACUCAUCCAGUCAGAACGCAGUCUAGAUGCAUUCAUGGACCUGCAGUGAGUGCGAUAUUUCACAUUAUAAAAAAAAAAAUGCACAGCUCCAUGAAGGGAGCCGCAACAAUAAGGCUGAAGAGCUGCAUUCACGGGUUGCCGACCCCUGCUAAGAGAGACAUCUGAAAAGAUGUGAAUAUGACUCAGAGGAUCAAUACUUUCAAUACCUUUAUUUAAAUCCAGAAAUUUAACUCGAAACAUUUUGUGAAUGGUGUAAAACAAAGUUUUUUGUUUCAUUAUAACUGUCAACAUGUGGGCUUUUCUCUUCACUUGCUCUAUUUUCCCCCAUUUUCUUACAAUGUUCCACAGGCCAAUAAAAAAUAUAAUAUAUA